GCAGCAUGAGCGGGGCCGGCGUCCCCCGCAUGCCGGCGGGGCUGGGGCUGUGAGGGCCUCGGUUCCGGACUGAAGUUGCCUCGUCUGGCCAGGCGCGCCGCCCGGGCCCAUGGAGCUGGAGGGGCAGUGGUGGCGGGGACAGCUGGCUGCUGAUAUUCACCAAGCCCUUCGGUACAAGGAGCUGAAGUUACCCUCCUACAAAGGCCAGUCCCCACAACUAAGUCUCAGAAGGUAUUUUGCUGACUUGAUUGCCAUUGUGAGCAAUCGCUUCACACUCUGCCCUUCUGCCCGACAUCUUGCUGUCUAUUUGCUGGACCUAUUUAUGGAUCGAUAUGACAUCUCUAUCCAGCAGCUUCAUUUAGUUGCACUUUCCUGUCUGCUUCUGGCAAGUAAAUUUGAAGAAAAAGAAGAUAGUGUGCCUAAGCUAGAGCAGCUCAACAGCCUGGCUGCCCAUUUCAUCGAGUAUUAUCUCUCUGAAGCAGUACACGAAACAGAUCUUCAUGAUGGCUGGCCAAUGAUUUGCUUGGAAAAAACUAAACUCUACAUGGCCAAGUAUGCAGAUUACUUCCUAGAAGUGUCUUUGCAAGAUUAUGCCUUUCUAAAUUAUGCACCUUCUUUAGUAGCUGCUGCAUGUGUGGCUUCUUCAAGGAUUAUACUUCGUCUUUCUCCAACGUGGCCUACAAGACUUCAUCGUCUUACUGCUUACUCCUGGGAUUUCUUAGUGCAGUGCAUUGAACGGCUACUGAUUGCUCAUGAUAAUGAUGUGAAAGAAGCAAACAAACAAAGAGGACAAGCAGUACCUCAGCCAGCACAACUAAGUGUGUUCCAGACAACCUCCCAGCCCUCGCGGCCAGUUCACUUUCAGCAACCUCAGUAUCUCCAUCAGACGCAUCAGACCUCACUGCAGUAUCGCCAUCCUGUAUCAGAGCAACCAAGCUGUCAGCAGAUUGUAUCUACCACACACACCUCAUCUUACACACUACAGACAUGUCCUGCUGGCUUCCAGACUAGUGUUCAGGGCCUUGGGCAUGUGCAGACUGGUGUUGGGAUGUCACUGGCAAUACCAGUGGAAGUUAAGCCCUGUCUAAAUGUUUCUUAUAACCGGAGUUAUCAGCUAAAUGAACAUUUCCCUUGCAUUACUCCAUGUUUUGAAAGGUGAUUUUGUGUGGUGGUAACGGUAACACCUGCUCCAGACUGUUUGUGACUUGAAGCUGUGGGCCAGCUUUUUAUAAACUUCUCUAAAGGGAUUCAAAUUGCAUUAGAACUCUUCAAAUAGCAGCACCAAGAAGACUGAAUAUCCCUUUGAAUGCACCAUGAAGACCUGGGAGGACUAAGCAAACACUGCAGACACUUUAACAGAAUGUAUGUCAAAUUCUGUUAAAUAGCUACAUGACAAAAAUUUUAAGCCCCUGCUGAUGGUCCAAGUAUUUCAGAAAUAUUCAAUACAACAGAAAUUUGGACAGAUUCUAUCUAUUUCGCUGUUUUGAGAGUUGACCUGUGGUGGGCUCUGUGCCUAAUGUUGGCUUAUAUUGUCAGAGAUUAAUGGAUGUCUGUGUUCUUGCCAAACAGUCUUUUUAUGAAGGAAAGUUACAGUAUUAAUUUUUGAAGAGGUCCU